GCUCUCUGGGCCACCGGGUGGACCCGCGGGAGCUGGAGCCCGGCGAGUACGUCGUGCACAAGAAGGUCGGCGUCGGCAAGUUCGUCUGCAUCAGCGCCGAGGAUGGUGUCGACUACGUGUUCAUACAGUACGCCGACGCCAUGGCCAAGCUCGCCGUCGACCAGGCCGCGCGCAUGCUCUACAGAUACAACCUACUGUUGUUUUCUGCAGACCUCAUGAGAAGCAGAGACCACGGAAUUUGAGCAAACUGAAUGAUCCUUCCACAUGGGAGAAGAGGAGGCUGAAAGGGAAGCUUGCUGUUCAGAAGAUGGUAGUCAACUUGAUGGAGUUAUAUUUGCAAAGGAUGAGGCAGAAAAGGCCUCCAUACCCGAAGCCUGUGGAAAUGGAUCAGUUUACUGCUGAAUUUCCUUAUGAGCCUACUCCAGACCAAAACCAGGCAUUUAUAGAUGUUGAGAAAGAUCUGACUGAAAGGGAAACACCGAUGGACAGAUUGAUCUGUGGAGAUGUUGGUUUUGGUAAAACUGAAGUUGCAAUGCGUGCUAUAUUCAUUGUUAUAUCUGCAGGAUUCCAAGCUAUGGUUCUUGCUCCAACCGUAAUACUAGCCAAGCAACAUUAUGAUGUAAUGUCUGAGCGUUUCUCCAAUUAUCCUGAUAUAAAGGUUGCCAUGUUUAGUGGUGCUCAGACCAAAGAAGAAAAAGAUGAGCUAAUAACAAACAUAAGGAAUGGUGAUUUGCAAAUUAUUGUUGGAACUCAUGCUGUUCUUACAGAGCGAAUGGCAUAUAACAAUCUUGGUCUCCUAGUCGUGGAUGAAGAACAGAAGUUUGGUGUUCAACAAAAGGAGAAGAUUGCAUCAUACAAGGCUUCUAUUGAUGUUCUCACACUGUCUGCAACACCAAUCCCACGUACUCUGUAUCUUGCCUUGACUGGUUUCCGUGAUGCCAGUUUAAUGUCUACACCACCUCCUGAAAGAGUUGCUGUAAGGACCUAUGUGUCGGGAUUUAGCAAAGAAAGGGCUCUAUCAGCUAUUAAGUUUGAGUUGGCACGUGGUGGUCAAGUUUUUUAUGUUGUUCCACGAAUAAAAGCAAUAGAUGACGUGCUGCAAUUUCUUAAGGAUUUUCUUCCAGAUGUUCCAAUGGCCGUUGCUCAUGGAAAGAAAGUUUCAAAGAACAUACAACUUGCUAUGGAAAAAUUUGCUUGCGGGGAAGUCAAAAUUCUUGUCUGUACACACAUCAUUGAAAGUGGAAUAGAUAUUCCGAAUGCCAACACGAUUAUAGUCCAGUAUGCUGAAUUAUUUGGGCUUGCACAGCUGUAUCAGUUGCGGGGUAGAGUAGGAAGAUCAGGCACAGAAGGUUUUGCAUAUCUCUUCUACACUGAUAAGUCUUUGCUCUCAAAGAUUGCAACGGAUAGACUUGGAGCUAUUGAGGAGCAUUCAGAUCUCGGUCAAGGUUUCCAUGUUGCAGAGAAGGAUAUGGGUAUUAGGGGGUUUGGAAGCUUGUUUGGUGAGCAACAAUCUGGAGAUGUUGCAAAUGUUGGCAUUGACCUAUUCUUUGAUAUGCUUUUUGAUAGCUUGUCAAAGGUUGAUCAAUUUUGUCUUGUUCCUGUUCCUUACAAAGAUGUUCAGCUGGAUAUAAACAUUUCUUCACGCCUCUCCUCUGAAUACAUAAGUUAUCUUGAAAAUCCAGUGGAAUUGCUUAAUGAAGCCACAAAAGCUGCAGAGAAGGACCUAUGGACCUUAAUGCAAUUCACAGAAGAUCUUCGCCGACAAUAUGGAAAGGAGCCUCGUGAUAUGGAGCUGCUAUUGAAAAAGCUCUAUGUAAGGCGGAUGGCAGCGGAUCUUGGUAUCAGUAGGAUAUAUUCAUCUGGCAAAACGAUCAUCAUGAAAACAAACAUGAACAAGAAGGUAUUUCGGCUCAUGAGAGAAGCAAUGUCUUUGGAGACACAUCGAAAUUCCCUAUCAUUCACUGGGAAGGAAAUUAAGGGUGAACUACUUGUCAAUUUGCCGGACAGUCUACUCCUAAAUUGGCUUUUUCAUUGCUUAGCAGACUGCUAUGCUGUAAUACCGGCACUCGUGAAGUACUAGAACUUGUUUGUGAAAAUUGCUUAGCAGACUGCUAUGCUGUCAUACCUGAGAACAUGACACAGUUUGUGAGAAGGCAGACUUGGCUAUCUAGAUGGUCAGCGACAGAUCGUUCUCCGUUGUAUGGAUUAUUUGCACACACGCAUAGCAAGUCAAGGGCUGGCAAUCAUACACAAUAUUAUUUUCUUAUACGGAUAGCAAGGUGUUGGCACAGAUGGACUAACCCAUACACAAACUGGAAGAUGGUGCAGUGAAGAGCUAGCAAACAUUAUGUUAGAUAGCAAUGGAUUAUUGAUAAUGCUAGUCAUUAACUCAGACUCAGCACGGCACUCUAAACAAAUUGGAAGGCUUGAAAACUCAGUUAAAAUUCUUCCUGACAUAAUAGGUUACUUUCAAAUAUCUUCGAGGAUUAAUUUUUAACAGAACCUCCAAGAUUUUCAUAUAUUGUUUGACUAGCACGUAUAUAAGUCAUGUCUUGCAUUGACCCAUUUUCACCAUACACCAAGGUGUUUGAUCAAGAAAGUGUAAGCCAGUCGAUUGAUAUAUUGUGUUGGACACCUUUUGUCCAACCAGAUGGUGAUAGUUUAGUUUAGUGCAGCAAAGUUGGAUUUUUUAAGAGCUAUACUUCACAUUCAAUUCUUGUAUCAUAACGCAGAUAAACUGGAGAUACAUGUAUAACAAUGAAGAUGAACUCUUUUUUGUUGAAAUGUACAAAUUCGCUUGGUAAAAUUACAUAGCCUUAGGGCAUGCACAAUGAAGUGAUGU